AUGGAACCAACAGCAAAAAAGAAAGCAGUCUCCAAAACUUUGAAGAAGAUUUUGAAGCCAAGCGAGAAGAAGAAGAAACAGAAACAAGUUGUUAUUGUGGCGCUGAGGAAGUUGGUCAACUACCUAUUGGACAACUGUAUAGAGAUAGAAGGCCUCUGUAGGAUAUCUGGCAAUAUCACAAAGGUCAAGGAGUUGAAGAAGUCAUUGGAAAAUGAUGAGGAUGUAGACUUGGGCAAGAUACAAGAUAAACAUAGUAUUAGUGGAGCAUUGAAGAUGUUCCUUAGGGAUAUGGAUGAGCCAUUGUUGACAUUCGAUUUGUACAAGAACUUCUUGGGUGCAUAUGAUAUCAAAGACAGGAAUGCAAAGAUAUCAUUCGUCAAGUCAUUGUUGCCAGCGUUGCCAAAGGAGAAUGCAGAGAUACUCCAGAUGGUACUUAAAUUCCUGUACACUCUGCAGGUGCACCAAGAGAAGAACAAGAUGACCUCUGCCAAUAUUGCCAUUGUGUUUGCGCCAACAUUGCUCAGACCCAAGGAGGAGUCAUUCGAAACAAUGAUGAACGCCACCAACUACACCAUGGACAUUGUCAAGUGUAUGGUUGAGGACUUUAACGUACUAUACGAAAUCAACAAUACCAUCCUCUACAAGAUCAAGUCUGGUGACUUGGGUAAAGAAGAUAAAAGAUCAGUGGAAGAGAAGUUGUCAGAGGCGAUGUCAAAGAUUGAUCAGUUGAUGAAACAGGCGGCAGAGGAUGCAAAGGAAAGAUCGGUGUUGGAGACAUACGCUCAUCAGUUGAAUAAUAAGUGGCAGGAUGAAUUGGAGAAUAUCAAAUGUGUGCAAGAGGAGAAGGAGUAUAUUACAGAGUUGGUCAAUGAGCUAAAGGAAUCAAAUCAAUCAUUAGAGGACAAGCUAUUGAUACAAAAGAAUGAGAACGUAGAGCUGAAGAAGAAGUUUGAUGAACAGGCCUCCAAAUCAAAGGAGGUUGACGCUCUACUACAAGAUGCACAGAAACAGAUCAAACAGCUCACCCAACAACAACAAUCACCAGACUCCAAGAAGGAACAAGACAAGUCACACAAAGAGGCCAUCGACAAGUUACAAAAGGAGGUGGACAGGCUUCAAAGGGAUGUCCAGGAGAAAGCCAAAGAGAUCAAGGUUAAGUCAGAACAGAUUGACAAGUUGUCCAAGCAGCAACAAACUUCCACGCCAACGCCAACACCAACUCCCACCCCAACGCCAACAUCAUCAACCAAAGAGUUGGAGACAAACAAUCAAAAGAGGAUCAAGGACAACGAGAACAGGAUCAUUCAAUUAGAGAAAGAGAAGGAGUUGUUGAAUGAACACGUCAAGACAUUGAGCGAACAAAUGGCAUUGCUCCAGAAGAAGGCUCCAACCUCAAGUGCUCCAUCCCCACCACCACCAUCACAAUCGACGACAUCACCAACAUCAAACAGCAAUCUGUUCAAGAAACCUGGUGGUCUAUUUGCAAAGAAACAGAAGGAGACACCGGCACCAAAGGUUGAGGAUGAGGAUGACCUCAUGUCAGUCAAGAGGUUCGCAUUCAAUUGGAUGAUUCUAUCACUAAAGUCAGAUGCAAUGGCACACGGCAAGAAUUGCAACAUUAGCUCAGGUGAUGUACUGGAUGAACUGCUCACAAAGAAGAUCAAGGUCAAUCAAUGGAGUGAUCAUGUGAGCAAGAUGUUAAGAAAUGUAGAAUAG